GUGCGACCGUCCUAUGUAGUUGCGUGGACUCGUUUUGUUGUGUUCGCUGUUUGGUCACGUGAUAGUCGCCCCUCGCCUCGCCCCGCAAGAAAGCCGAGGCGAGGCUCUGGGUGCUUCCUCGCCUUCUGUUUCUCGUCAGAGGGAGCGCGUAGGGGUGGCUCUCGCGGAUGUGUCAGGUUGAAGCUCCGAGGCUUGGAAGUCGGCCAUGGCUGCUGCUGUUCUGGAGCCCGCAAGCGAGGACUGGGAGCAGCCUCUUUUGAACGGAGGUGGAGAUGACAGAUCUAAGGAUGUUAUGGAAACAUUGCAACAUUACAGGAGCCGGUGGAGAUCCAUUCGAAUAAUGUAUCUUACAAUGUUCUUCAGCAGUGUUGGUUUCUCUAUUGUCAUUAUGUCAAUAUGGCCCUAUCUUCAACAGAUAGAUAAAACUGCGGAUCCAAGCUUUCUGGGCUGGAUUAUUGCUUCGUACAGCAUUGGUCAGAUGAUAGCUUCUCCAUUCUUUGGAAUGUGGUCUAAUUGUAGGCCAAGAAGAGAACCCCUUGUGGUUUCAACUACUAUUUCAAUAGCUGCCAAUUUCCUCUAUGCUUAUGUCCAUUUGCCCCCUUCACACAACAAAUACUACAUGCUAGCUGCUCGAGCAUUGGUGGGAUUUGGUGCAGGAAAUGUAGCAGUAGUUCGCUCAUAUAUUGCUGGUGCCACCUCUCUUACUGAAAGAACUAAUGCCAUGGCAAACACUAGUGCUUGCCAGGCAGUGGGAUUCAUACUGGGACCAGUUUUUCAGACUCUCUUUUCACUUAUUGGAGAAGAAGGAAUCUUGUGGAAACUGAUUUAUCUUCAGGUGAACAUGUACACAGCUCCAGUUUUAUUUGGAAGUGUUCUAGGAAUUAUUAAUAUCGUACUGAUAAUUGCUGUAUUUAGAGAGCAUCAUGUGGAUGACAUGGGACAACCACAAAAUAGUAUUAAUACUGAAACUGAAGAAAAUAAUGACGUGGUUCAAGAUAAUCAGCAAUACAUUGACCAUGUGGCUGUUGUAUCAACAAACUUUCUUUUCUUUAUUAUCCUAUUUAUUUUUGCAGUUUUUGAAACCAUAGCCACACCAUUAACAAUGGAUAUGUAUGCAUGGACCAGAAAAAAAGCAGUGUUUAUCAAUGGCUUAAUUCUUGGUGCUGUUGGCGUCGAAUCAGUGGUUGUGUUUUUAGCAGUUAAAGAACUUUCUAAAAGAAUUGGUGAACGUGCAAUCCUCUAUGGAGGUCUAGUCAUUAUCUUGGUUGGAUUCUUUAUUCUGUUACCUUGGGGAAAUCAGUUACCUAAAAUCCAAUGGGCAGACAUAAGGAAUAAUUCUACUCCAAGAAAGAUCUUUGGUGAAACUUUUGCAUUUUUGUGGAUGUCAGAGAUUGAAUUUUCAUCUAAUAAUACAACUGAAGCAACAGGAUGUCCUAGUAUACAAUUGUGGUGCAGUUAUACUCCCGUAAUUCAUCUGGGCCAGUAUAUUACUUCCGACAUUCUAAUAGGAUUGGGUUAUCCAGCUUGUAAUGUGAUGUCAUAUACUCUAUAUUCAAAAAUUUUAGGACCAAAACCUCAGGGCAUUUAUAUGGGAUGGCUAACUGCUUGUGGAAGUGGUGGACGUAUUCUGGGCCCGGUGUUUGUCAGUCAACUCUACAGUUCCUUAGGACCCCGCUGGGCAUUUGGUUUCAUCUGUGGAAUUGUUGUUCUUUCUCUCUUACUACUUGAAGUGGUGUACAAGAGACUUAUUGCAUUUUCAGUCAGAUAUGAGAUGCUACAAGAACAGAUUUCCUAGCUAUCUGUUCUGUCUUGUUUUGCUUUAAUCAUUAUUUGCUGUUUUCAAUAUUUUGCAUCUUUGAAAGAUGUAUAUAAUUAUCAUUCAUCAGGACAGACAGUAUUUCUGCCACCAGAUUUAUAUCAUUUUAAUACUGGAAAUGACAAACUGUGAUACAAUAGAUGUUAUUAUUUUGGAGUAUAGUUUUAAGAGAUGGCACUAGUUCUAAUUAUAUACACUGGAUAUAUUUAAAAUACAUUGAUUCUGUGAAUCAUGUCUUAAAUUAAGUUUUUUAAACUGAAUUUAAAAAGGGUAUUUAUUCUAACAAGAUUUUAUGAGCAUGAUUAUUUAUGCAUUUUUAUAAUUGGUUGGCUUUUUUAAAUUGAAUGUAUUUUAAGUAAAAUAUAGCAGAAACUAAUCCUGAUAUUUUGUUGCACAUAUUUUGGAAUUUAUAAUUUUAAAAAAUGGUUCAAAUAAGAUCAAGAUUCAAAGUAAAAAUAAAGAAUGUUGAUGCAGCACUUGUAAUAAAGAUAAGUACUGAAACUGAUAGUAGAUUUAAUAACUGGAGGCUACUGAGGUAGAUAUCUGAGGUUUCUACCAUUACACCAAGAAUCUUAAUCACUGCUUUCCUGAACGGUAACACCCAAAGGUGCUUUUUCACAAGGCAACUAGACUUUCUUGUUUUUCUUUGAAGACAUUUAGCUUCUCAUCCAAGAAGCUUCUUCAGCUCAAAGAAAAGCAAAGUCGUUGCCUCAUGAAAAAGCAGCUUUGUGAUAACUAUGGCCUGGAUGUCUGAGAAUCUCCAUAGACACUGAAUAGUAAAACUUUAACCUAUUGUGAAAUACACAUUAAACUGAAAAAAAAAACUUUAAAUAGUAAUUGCCCAGUACUGUAGUUACCUUCCCCCCCCCAAUUGUGGAACAGUCUAACCAAAUUAAUUUUAGAUUUGGUUUUCUUAAAAAUUCGAACUUUUUCAUCCCAAAGUUAUCUUGCACAGUUCCAUGUCUCAUAAACAGGACUUCCAGAUUGCAAAUCAGAAGUUUGGUGAUGUCAGAUGUUGCUGAGACUCGGGAGAAAUGGAGGCAGUGCACCCCUGGUGAUGUCACGGAAGCGGGGUUCUGGUUGCGUAGCACAGCCUUUCAUUUAUUUGGGGAUCACUUACAUGACAUGUUUGUUAACAAGAUUUUGGAUAGAGAUAUAGAAAAUGGUGAAUUCGUAAAUUGUUUUGUGCUUGAGAUAGCUGGAAUCAGUUGAUUGUUUUCCUAAAUGAAAUGAGUUUCAUUCUGAAAUAAAAUGAAAUACUGUAGGGCUGUCUGUUUCCAACUAAAUAGUAAAGUGUGGAUAUCUGGGCUGAAAUGUUUGAUGGAAAGGUAAUGAGAAUCGGGAAAAGUCAAAGAUAGCAAUGGUAGAUCAGGAAAAUAAUAGGAAGGGAAGGAAAAUAUUUAAGAAUAUGUGUAUCUGAAAUUUGAAAAAUCAUUUUCCAUUCCAUGCACACCUAUGGUUUUUUUGU